AUGCAGAAGAUACCUCCUCACAGAGCCAUGCAGAAGAUACCUCCUCACAGAGCCAGAGAGCAGAUACCUCCUCACAGAGCCAUGCAGAAGAUACCUCCUCACAGAGCCAGAGAGCAGAUACCUCCUCACAGAGCCAGAGAGCAGAUACCUCCUCACAGAGCCAUGCAGAAGAUACCUCCUCACAGAGCCAUGCAGAAGAUACCUCCUCACAGAGCCAGAGAGCAGAUACCUCCUCACAGAGCCAGAGAGCAGAUACCUCCUCACAGAGCCAGAGAGCAGAUACCUCCUCACAGAGCCAUACAGCAGAUACCUCCUCAUGGAGCAACACAGCAGAUACCUCCUCAUGGAGCCAGACAGCAGAUACCUCCUCAUGGAGCCAGACAGCAGAUACCUCCUCACAGAGCCAGACAGCAGAUACCUCCUCACAGAGCCAUAGGGCAGAUAGCUCCUCACAGAGCCAUACAGCAGAUACCUCCUCACAGAGCCAUACAGCAGAUACCUCCUCAUGGAGCCAUACAGCAGAUACCUCCUCACAGAGCCAGACAGCAGAUACCUCCUCACAGAGCCAGACAGAGCAGCCAUACCAGAUACCCUCACAGAGCCAUACAGCAGAUACCUCCUCACAGAGCAACACAGCAGAUACCUCCUCAUGGAGCCAGACAGCAGAUACCUCCUCAUGGAGCCAGACAGCAGAUACCUCCUCACAGAGCCAGACAGCAGAUACCUCCUCACAGAGCCAUACAGCAGAUACCUCCUCAUGGAGCAACACAGCAGAUACCUCCUCAUGGAGCCAUACAGCAGAUACCUCCUCAUGGAGCCAUACAGCAGAUACCUCCUCAUGGAACCAGACAGCAGAUAGCUCCUCAUGGAGCCAUACAGAAGAUACCUCCAGCUGCUAUUUUACUCAAAACAGAGAGUACACAGUGGCAGAAUACCUGA